AUGGCAGACGCAUCCUCUCCGCCGACAGACCAGCUCGCCGCUGCCACCCUCGACGAGGUCCCCAAGGCGCUGUUCUCCGACCGCGUCCCCAUCCGAUCCAUCGUCUCCCGCCCCGACGGCGGCUCCGCCCUCGCCGGCCGGAAGGCGCGCGUCGGCGGCUGGGUAAAGACAGGAAGGAAAGCCGACAAGGACGCCUUCGCAUUCCUGGAACUCAACGACGGAAGCUGCGCCGCCAACCUCCAAGUCAUCGUCGAAGCCUCGCUCGGCGACCUUGGGCAAAUCGUCCCCACCGGAACCUGCGUCGUCGUCGACGGCCACCUCAAGCUUCCUCCCGCCGGCACCAAACAGAAAAUCGAACUCCGCGCCGAUGAGGUUCUCCACGUUGGCCCCGUCGAUCCCGCCAAGUAUCCUCUUCCCAAGAUGAGACUCACUCUCGAGUUUCUCCGAGAUUUCGUUCACCUUCGUUCCAGAACCAACACUAUAUCUGCGGUGGCUAGAAUUAGGAAUGCUCUUGCGUAUGCCACGCAUACCUUUUUCAACAGGGAAGGGUUUCUGUAUGUGCACACGCCUAUUAUUACUACGAGUGAUUGUGAGGGUGCGGGUGAGAUGUUUCAGGUGACGACAUUGCUGAGUGAGGCGGAGAGGUUGGAGAAGGAGUUGUUGGAGAAUCCGCCUCCGACGGAGGCUGAUGUCGAGGCGGCUAGGGUUGUUGCUAAGGAAAAAGGAGAGGUUGUGUCUCAGUUGAAAGCUGCUAAGGCGAGUAAGCAGGAGAUUGGGGCUGCUGUGGAUCAGCUUAAGAAGGCGAAAGAGAGUUUGGCUAAGGUGGAGGAGAGGUCGAAGCUUAAGCCUGGGAUCCCUAAGAAGGAUGAUGGGAAGGUUGAUUAUGGGAAAGAUUUCUUUGCACGUCAAGCAUUUUUGACGGUUUCGGGUCAGCUUCAGGUUGAGUCAUAUGCGUGUGCUCUCACUAGUGUGUAUACCUUUGGCCCCACGUUUCGUGCAGAGAAUUCUCAUACUUCUAGGCAUUUGGCCGAGUUUUGGAUGGUAGAACCUGAGAUUGCGUUUGCGGAGUUGAAGGAUGAUAUGAACUGUGCCGAGGCAUAUGUGAAGUUUAUGUGCCAGUGGUUACUUGACAACUGCCUUGAUGAUAUGGAGUUUAUGGCUGAUAAGUUUGAUAAAGGUUGCAUUAACCGUUUAAAAUUGGUUGCUUCCACCCCCUUUAUCCGGGUUACCUACACAGAAGCAGUGGAAAUACUAGAAGAGGCUGUGAAGAAUGGUAAGAAAUUUGAGAAUGAAGUGAAAUGGGGAAUUGACUUGGCAUCUGAGCAUGAAAGAUACCUAACAGAGGUGAAGUUUCAGAAGCCUGUGAUUGUCUAUAACUAUCCAAAAGAAAUCAAAGCAUUCUACAUGCGGCUGAAUGAUGACUUAAAGACAGUGGCUGCUAUGGAUGUGCUUGUACCAAAGGUUGGAGAGCUAAUUGGUGGAAGCCAAAGGGAAGAACGCUAUGAUGUCAUUCAGACAAGAAUAAAGGAGAUGGGUUUGCCUCUUGAGCCAUAUGAGUGGUACCUUGAUCUGAGGCGAUAUGGAACGGUGAAGCAUGCUGGAUUCGGCCUUGGCUUUGAAAGGAUGAUUCUCUUUGCCACUGGUUUGGAGAAUAUUAGAGACGUGAUUCCCUUCCCACGAUAUCCUGGCAGAGCAGAUCUAUGAUCUUUAUUUACUGAUUACAAUUCUCUUGCAUGAGUAGUUAAAGUUGAAAAUUGAAAUGUAGUAAUUAAAUAUAGCAUUUAAAUUAUUUUUGUUGAGUGGCCGUCUUGGAGAUUCCUCUUUCCCGAUCUACUAAUGUUUAAAUGAUGCUGGCUUUUAUAUGUUACUUACUUUUUGUCUCCAAUUUGACGUUGAUUUCAUUUAUUUAUUGAGGUUUAAAGCAACUCUGUUCUGCAAAGGACCUGCAAUACUCUAUUCAGUGUGGGGAUUAUGUCAAUCUUGAUUAUGCAUUUUA